AUGUCCUUCUCCAGCCAGCUCAGCUCCCGCUGCUCCGCGCCCUGCGCCGUGUCCUGCCCCCAGCCCUGCGCCGACACCUGGAACCAGCCCUGUGUCACCUCCUGCGGGGACUCCCGGGCCAUCAUCCACCCCCCGCCCGUGGUCAUCACCUUCCCGGGGCCCAUCCUCAGCUCCUGCCCCCAGGAGAGCAUCGUGGGCUCGGCGCUCCCGGCGGGGAUGGAGCGCCCCGGGGGCCUGCAGGGCUCCCUGGUCUAUGGAGGAUUCUUGUCCUCCUCCAGGGGCGCCUGGAGCCGGGGCUCCGGGGGCUGCGGGCCCUGCUGA